AUGCCGGCAGCCCUAGCGGUCGAAGUGGUGGUGCAUAGCAACCAUGCGGUGCCAGGCAUUGUGGCGUUGACCGCGUGCGGCAACAUUUUCGAAGGCUGGCAUUUCAGCUUCAAGCCCCGUGUAAGCCCUGAGUCGUUCAACCGUUCAGCCCGGCCGAGCGGGUUAGCCACCACCAACGUGCCACCUCGGAAACACCGGAUGUUGAAUGUCGCCAGCCGUCUGGGCUGUUCGGUGAAUUCCCUUGAGAAAACAUGUGGGAAAAUGAGCAUGAAGGGGGAGCUGUGCGGCCUCUUUUUGGGUCUUUCGCAGACCGUAUAUGCCAAUCCUGAAGCCCCAACGGUUGUCUCCAAGGCUGAGCCGACACAAACGUGCUUCCCUCCCUAUCUGGGAUACAGGUCCGACGGCAAGAAGUCGACUCCCCCGUGGGGCAAACGGACAUGCGAGUCCGACCCUGAUGACGUGCCCAAGACUGGUGUUACUCGGAAAUACGAAUGGACGAUUCAGAGGGCAGUGCUGGCACCGGAUGGAUUUGAACAGGAACUUCUCACUGUCAAUGGGCAGUUUCCCGGACCCCUUUUGGAGGCCAACUGGGGUGACAUGGUCGAGGUCACUAUCCACAACAACAUCACCGGCCCGGAAGAAGGCACGGCAAUGCACUGGCAUGGGAUUCAUCAGCAAGGCACUGGCCUCAUGGACGGAGUCAGCGGCAUCACUCAGUGCCCCAUUGUACCCGGCGGUAGCUUCACUUACCGGUGGAGGGCCAGCACGUACGGGUCGACGUGGUACCAUGGCCAUCACGCACUGCAGUAUGGCGGAGGGCUCUGGGGCCCCCUGAUCAUCUACGGCCCGUCUCAUGUCAAGUACGACUUCGACCUCGGGCCCGUCACGCUUUCCGACUACUACCACUACCCUUACGAGAAGGUCGCCCAGGAUGCCAUAUCGACCAGCACCGAUCCCAAUGUCUACGCCCCGAAGUCGAACAACCACCUAAUCAACGGGAUGAACAACUUCAACUGCUCCUUGGCGCCCGCGGACAAGACUUGCACUCCCGACGCCGAGCGCGCAUCCCUCAGGUUCAAGUCUGGCAAGGUUCACAAGCUCCGUCUGAUCAACACCAGUGUCGAAGCCAUGCAGAUCUUUUCCAUCGACGGCCACAAGAUCAUUGUCACCAUGGUGGACUUUGUCCCCGUUGAGCCUUAUGAGGUGGAAUAUGUCAUUCUCGGUGUCGGAAUGAGAGCCGAGGUCCUUGUCAAGGGCACCGGAGACCCCACGCAGUCGUAUUACAUGCGCACCAGAAUUCAGUGUUCGGCUACCAACGCCAACCAGACACUCGGCACAAUUUACUACGACGAGACGCCCGUCUCCGUCGUACCAGAGAUCAAGACCGUUGCCGCUCUGCCCAUACUCAACAGCACGGUUAGCUGUGGCGAUCCCGACCUUCUCAAGAAGAAGCCAAUCUACAAGAAGAGUGUCCCCAAGCCUGACAUGACUCUUCUCUACGACAUCACAUGGGGAGUGAACGCCAGCGGCAACCAUCAAUGGCUGAUGAACGGCGUGACCUUCUUGGCCGACUGGAGCCGCCCUCUGUACAUCGAGGCGGUCGACGGCAACGCCGAGUACCUCAAAGACCCCCAUCACAUCAUGGCAACGAUCCCCGACGACGUCCGUCACGUCCGCGUCAUCAUCAACAAUCACUUCUCAAUACACCCCAUGCACAUCCACGGCGGCGACUUCCAGAUCCUGAGCGAGUCUAGCGACUACUACAACGGCACAGGCACGAUCGAGUACCCAAAGAACCCGGCCCGCGCCGACACGGAGCUCCUCCGCCGCUACGGCCACCUCGUCGUGCAGUUCGAGGCCAAAAACCCGGGCGUCUGGAGCUUCCACUGCCACACCGCCUGGCACGCUAGCGUCGGGCUGUACAUCAACUUCCUCGUCAAGCCCAAGACCGUCGCCAAGGCCAAAAUCCCCGACGACGUCCGGGAGGUGUGCCGGGCCUGGGACGAGUACAAGAAGUUGAACGGCGCGAACGCCACGCCGUUUGACAGUGGACUCCGAUAA